CUUGUAAGUGCGUGACCAUAAAAAAUCUUUCGCUGAAUGCUUAUUAAUGCAAAAUUUGCUUCUUUCUUUAGUUUUGCGCUUCAACUUCCUGCUUUUUUCCUGGACUAAGUAAAGGAAACAGAGAAGAAACUCUGCAACAUUUACAUGGCUAACAAGGCCUGAAUAUUCUAUGGUACAAGUGAAGUGUUUUUCCUCUUAUAAAGCAUAAAUAUUCUCAGUGCAUGUGGCAGUAACUUAAUCAUGACUACAAAGGGACAGAGAUUUGUUAGGUUUAAGGAUUGGAAGUCAUUUUCAUCUUCAAGUAUCGAGCACAAUGAUUCCACUAGUGACGGAUUUCACAAGAAAAAAGUUCAAUCAUGCGAAAGCUCUGUCAGUGAUGAAUCAAUCAGAAAUUUGUCCUGUAGGAGGCAUGUUCUUCAUCCACAGGGGGCAACACUUCAAAAGUGGAACAAAAUUUUUGUAAUCACAAGUGUGAUGGCAAUCUCUGUGGAUCCACUUUUCUUUUACAUCCCAGUGAUUGAUGACAGUAAAAAAUGCCUUGAUUUGGAUGGAACACUCAAGAUCACUGCCAGUGUUCUCCGUACAUUCUUUGAUCUUCUCUACAUUCUUCACAUUGUCUUUCAGUUUCGAACCGGGUUUAUUGCCCCUUCCUCUCGUGUGUUUGGAAGGGGUGAGCUUGUUGAUGACCCUUCAGCCAUAGUGAUGAAAUACUUAAGUUCUUACUUCACCAUUGACAUUCUGUCAAUUAUUCCACUUCCUCAGAUGGUCAUUUUAGCUAUGAUCAUAUCCCCAACAUGCUCAGCUCCAUACGUGGGAAAGGAUUUGUUGAAGUAUACAGUAAUAGCCCAGUACGUGCCAAGGCUUCUGCGGAUCUACCCUUUAUUCAAAGAAGUAACAAGCACUUCUGGCAUAUUGACUGAGACAGCAUGGGCUGGAGCAGUUUACAAUCUUUUUCUCUACAUGCUAGCAAGUCAUGUGGUUGGAGCUUUCUGGUAUCUGUUUUCAGUAGAAUCAAGGGUGAGGUGCUGGCGCAGGCGGCUGAAGAAUAAUAUUACUUCCUAUCAUGAAUCCUACCUUAGCUGUGGAUCUGACAAUUCUACUAUUCAAUCACUUCUCCAUCAUUCUUGCCCUGUCACUGAUCCUGAAAAUAUUAUAGACCUGGAAGCUUUCAAUUUUGGAAUUUUCAUAGAAGCUCUAAAGUAUCGAGUGGUAGAAUCAAGUACUGAUUUUCAUCACAAGUUCUUCUACUGCUUUUGGUGGGGUUUGCGCAGUGUAAGUUCAGUUGGGCAAGGUCUCGAGACAAGUACUUAUGUAGGGGAGAUAAUCUUUGCUAUCUCCAUUGCUGUCUUUGGAUUGGUUCUAUUUGCAUCACUUAUUGGAAACAUGCAGAAAUAUCUACAAUCUACCACUGUCAGAGUUGAAGAGAUGAGAAUCAAAAGGAGGGAUGCAGAACUGUGGAUGUCCCACCGUAUGCUGCCUGAUUUCCUGAAGCAAAGAAUCAGACGGUAUGAACAAUACAAAUGGCAAGAAAAUAGGGGUGUUGAGGAGGAGACAUUGAUUCGCAACCUCCCCAAAGAUCUCAGAAGGGACAUAAAGCGCCAUCUUUGUUUAGAACUACUUAAAAGAGUUCCAAUGUUUGAGAGCAUGGAUAAUCAGUUGUUGGAUGCACUGUGUGAUAAACUAAAGCCAGUCCUGUACACAGAGAGAAGUUACAUAGUCCGUGAAGGGGAUCCAGUUGAUGAAAUGCUGUUCAUCAUGCGUGGAAAACUUGCAACUGCCACAACAAAUGGUGGAAGAACUGGUUUCUUCAAUUCCUCUGAGCUCAAGGCUGGUGAUUUCUGCGGAGAAGAGCUUCUGACAUGGGCCUUGGACCCCAACUACUCCUCAAAUCUACCCAUUUCAACUAGAACUGUGGAAACUAUAUCAGAAGUUGAAGCCUUUGCUCUCAUGCCUGAGGACUUGAAAAGUGUUGCUUCCCAAUUUCGACGUCUUAUAAACAACAAACAACUCCAACACACUUUCAGGUUCUAUUCCUUGCAAUGGAAGACAUGGGGUGCAUGUUUCAUACAAGCAGCAUGGCGUAGAUAUAGAAAAAAGAAGGCAGAGAGGUUGUUACGUGAAGCAGAAGAAAGGAUACAAAAUCUGGAAAACGAAGAAGGGUCUUCACCUAGCUUUGCUGCCACUGUAUAUGCAUCAAAGUUUGCAUCAAAUGCAUUGCGCCACCUCCGAAGUGGUAAACGCACCAGAGUGCCACAGCCACAGAAAUUGCUACCCCUGAUGCCUCAGAAGCCUUCUGAGCCAGAUUUCACUGCUCUGAAAAACUAGUUUUUUAAGAACAUUUACAGCAAAACGUGUUGUAAUUUCAGUUCUGUGCAUGUGCUAGCAAUUGUAGGAUCUUAAGUUACUAGCAAGUUGUGUUUUAGGAUUUCCUAUUUGACAACAUUAUUAUGUGCACAUAACAGUGUGUAAAAAUAUUGAGUGUG